UUCAUUUAUGGAGUUUUCUUUUAUCUGCAAACUCUUGUUCAUUUCCUACUUUAUGCAUUUUAUAGAAUAGCCUUUUAAUGGUGUUGAGGAAAAUUGUUUUCUGGCCCUUUUGUUCUUGGGUUUUUCUCUGAUUGCAUGGGAGAUCGUGAGAAACUGCAAGUUCCAAAAACAAUGCUUUGUUUGAAUCUUUUAUGAUUUUGCAUUUUCUCAGCAACCAAACGAGGGAAUCUUUCAUUUUCAUUCUUUAAUAAAGUUCAUUUUUGAUUGCGAAUUAGACAGUGGUUAGUCCCAUUUUAUCUGUUUCUUUGGGGGUGAAUGAUCAUUUUCUUAAUUGUGUUUAGACCAGCCUCAUGAAAUCUGGCAUUCAAUUAGAUAGCUUACAGAAGUAGAUAGAGAUGCAUGUAUGGUGAUAAAUUACAUAUCGGCAGGCUUUAUUUACUUUCUGUUUUGUUGCUGAGAAAAAUCCAAGAAAAGGCCAUAAUUAGGGUGAAAAAUUUGAAAUUUGCUCCGGCUCCUAGAAUUUAAUUAAUUAUUUUUGUAGUUUUUUUCAACUUGGUCAUAUAGUGGUUGUAGAUUUGUGGUCCCAGAUAAUGAAAGCUACCAAUCCUUUCAGGAAGAAAUAUUUGACAAAUUCAUUGUUUAUUGGGUUAAUGGCAAAUGGAUAAGUGGAAAGAGCGAAUUAGAACUUUGUUCCUUAGGUGGCGCAGCUAUAGCUAUUAGAUUUCUUUCUAUAUAGUAUAGUUUAUUUUUUUGUCAGUUGAUAAUUGUUUGACUAAGACCCUUCAAAAAUCUGCUUACUUAUCUCCAUUUAUAACCAAAGGAGCUCCUAUCUGCUUACAUAAGAUUUCUUGGUAAUAGGGGGUUUUAAAUAUCUAUACUAGUCUGGCUCAUUUGGAAGAGUCUGAAUAUUCCUAUAAAAUCUUUUCAUCUUUUAUUUAUGCCUUUAAAUAUUGAAAACAUCUUUCAAAUUGAUAUUUGAUUACUGUAAAUGAACUGCCUAAAGAAGCUGGACAGCAAUUUGCAGCAUAAGAUAUGUCUGUCUUUAGCUGGACAAUUAAAAAGUGGAAUUUUUUUUCUAGCAGUACCACUGGCUAACCUGUUCAUUUUCAGAAAUUUUUUUGACUGAAUCAUGUUAGUUGCUUUCAGAGAUUGCUUUUGUAUAAAGAGGACUAAAUACACACCGGGAUAUGAGGAACCUACUGUUCUUGCUGCUGAAACACCUUUUACUGUUAGUGAAGUAGAGGCCUUGUAUGAACUUUAUAAGAAAUUAAGCAAUUCAAUAUUUAAAGAUGGGCUUAUUCAUAAGGAGGAAUUUCAGCUUGCCCUUUUCAGGAACAGAAAUAGAAAGAAUCUUUUUGCUGACAGGGUCUUUGAUGUGUUUGAUAUCAAGCGCAAUGGAGUAAUUGAAUUUGGAGAAUUUGUUCGAUCACUGGGUGUGUUUCAUCCCAAUGCACCUGUUGAAGACAAGAUUAAAUUUGCUUUCAAAUUAUAUGAUCUAAGGCAAACUGGUUGCAUUGAACGAGAUGAGUUGAAGGAGAUGGUGUUGGCCCUUCUGCAUGAAUCGGAUCUGGUCCUGUCGGAUGAUGUUGUUGAAACAAUUGUGGAUAAGACUUUGAAUGAUGCAGAUACAAAAGGUGAUGGAAGAAUUGAUCCGGAAGAGUGGAUGGCAUUUGUGAAGAGGAAUCCAUCCCUUUUAAAGAACAUGACUCUGCCAUAUUUAAAGGAUAUAACAAUGGCAUUUCCCAGUUUCUUGGUAUCUUCUGAAGUUCAAGAUUCGGAAAUCUGAUUUAGAUAGGCAUGUUAAAGAUACUCAACCAUAUCAUCUAAUGAUAAUUACUUCUUCGUAGAGGAAUUUGAAUCAGCAUGAUAUUCAAUUCCAAUGAUGUUGCAAGGGUUUGAAAGCAGAGUUUACACCGUACAUGCAGCCAAGAUCAGGUCCACACAGAGCAACUUCAUUAUACUAUCAGCUUAACCUGUUCUGCUGAAGGAAACUUGAUACGGGUUUCCUGUAUAUAUAUACAUUUUGCAUAUGCCGCAGCUGAAAUUUUGUGUUAGGAAUCUUUAGAGUGUAUAUUUAGGUUAUAGCUUGGAAAAAAAAUCUACAUUUUGUUAGAGCUAUAGAACUUAUUCUCGGGCCCUCAGCUAAGAGGUACAAGCUUGUGAUUUUUGGCAAGAGUAUUGUUAUGAAAUAAGUGGAUGUCCUGUACGGUUUAGAAGUGUGUAUUCUUAAUUAUUGCGAAUGAUUUGUGUAGUACUCUAUUAGGGUUCCACUUAUGUAACUAAAUAUAUGUUGCUUCUUAUAAUAAUAAUUACACUCUCGUAUUCCUCUCUA